UGGCGGCUGAUCUGGGUCCGCACCUUUUCCGGUAACACAGCACCGCCACAGCUCGACUGAACGGCUGCAGAGAGAGAGAGAGAGGGAGGAAGAGAGACGGAGAGCGGCAAGAGAGGGGAGGAACGGCCCGGGGACUGGGGGACGAUUGCCGUAGACGUAGGGGGAAGAGAAGAAAGUCGGAUGAAUCAAUGACCUUUUGAGCGCUCUUCCACUGGAUGUCCCGGUGCAGAAACGGACCGGAGAGCUUAUACUUUAGUGUGUGUUUAUAAGAAAAACGCUGUGCUGUGAAAUUCAUCGACGGGAACUGGCUACGGGCAAGUGUGGACAGCCGGCUGCCAAGGAGGAAGUGGGAACCCCGGGCUUGGACUGGGCCUGAUUUAUAUAGAAGGCUUUUUUGUAGAAAGCUACAUCAGCUCAACUGAGAGCAGCUGGAUUUUGAAGGAGAAAUAAGACUUGAAAUGUGGGGUUCGAAGAAAGUCUUCGCUCAACGGCUAGUUUGAAACAAGGGGAUGUAAUUUUUUCUUCUUACAUCGGAGGGCAGUGGAUCAUGAAAAUAUAUCCCCACCCAAUUCUACGAGGGCUCCAUACAUACUGCUCCCACUGAAUGCUCAAAGCCGCCAGCUCAGGUCAGAUCAUCAUAGUCCAGCUAAUUGUACCACUCUGUUAACCAACUGUACAAACUUGAAACUCGCCGCCUUUUGAACAUUGACACUUGUGUCAGCCCACCGCUGCCAUCACGUGGAGGGCUCCCAGCACACAGUGAAACUGUAACUUCUCAGUUGUAUUAACAGCUUUUUUCUCUCUCUCAUUAGAGAAGUAAUUUUUCUUUUCUUCAAACAAAGUAUUUAUGCACAGCAAACAAGAUGGGGAAAAUGCUGUCAAAAAUCUUUGGCAACAAGGAGAUGAGAAUAUUGAUGCUCGGACUUGAUGCAGCUGGUAAAACUACCAUCUUGUACAAGCUGAAGCUGGGACAGUCAGUCACCACCAUCCCCACCGUUGGUUUCAACGUGGAGACUGUCACCUAUAAGAAUGUGAAGUUCAACGUGUGGGAUGUGGGGGGACAGGACAAGAUCAGGCCGCUUUGGAGACAUUACUACACAGGCACCCAGGGCCUCAUUUUCGUGGUGGACUGUGCCGACAGGGACAGGAUCGAUGAGGCGAGGCAGGAGCUCCACCGAAUCAUCAACGACCGGGAGAUGAGGGACGCCAUCAUCCUGAUCUUCGCCAAUAAACAAGACCUCCCAGAUGCCAUGAAACCCCACGAGAUCCAGGAGAAGCUAGGCCUGACCCGGAUCAGAGAUAGGAAUUGGUACGUUCAGCCCUCGUGUGCGACAACAGGGGAUGGACUAUACGAGGGCCUGACCUGGCUUACCUCGAAUUACAAAUCUUAAUGUUUCUCCCCCCUCACCAGCCUGGACACUUGGAGGCAAAAAAAAGUAGCUGAGAAUGAAAACAUGAGUUAAAAAAUGCAAUCUGAAGCAAUUAAUACCACAACCUCUCUGCUGAGUAUAUGUCAAAGAGAGUAGCAAUUAUAUUUUGUUUUAUUUUUCUUUUUGAUAAUGAUGACUUCACUAUAACCCCAGAUUUCAUUUAAACAAAAGACAAUUGUUUUAUGCCUGGCUUUCUUUUUUUUCUUUUAGUUUGCUUUGGUUCACAUUCUGUAUAAUCAGUACUGUUUAAGUAUACAAUAAGCUUACUUUUUAGCUUUUGCUGCAAAUUCUUCAUUUUCCUCCUUUUGUAUAAUUUCUUUUUAGGGGACUUUGGGACACACACUUCUAGUUUUGCCCCUGCUUAGCUCUCAUUCAGUACCUGUCAUGACCCAGCUACAUAUCCAAAGGGUGGGAAAAGUCCAGAAACCUUCACCUAGCAUCAGCAUAUCACUUUCAUGGCUCAAACUGCCUCUGUAAUGUGUAAGAAUGUGUACAAUGGGUAUGUUAGGACCUCGACAAAAAAAUAACUGUUUUCAUAAUUGAUUGUAAUGGGAUGAAUGAGGAAAUGUGUUAGUACUUAUUUCCGGUGCAGUGAUCACAUCCAUAAUGUCUGCUGUAGCGGUUUGUUUGAAAGACACUAUGUGGACGCUGGAUAUUCACACACACUGUGAUAUGGAUAUAUAUUUUUGUUGUUUCAGGGUCUGAACCUGUUACCACCAGUCUUAUUAUUAUUGUUAUGCCUCUUUUUUCCUCCCAAAGCUUCCAUCACUGUUGAGUAUUUGUAGUUUCAGCUGACUUAGGAAGGGUCACAGGUGCCCCAGAAUCAAGACGGUUACUACGACAAAAGGUAUUCUCAACCGCUGAGUUUGCACUUUGGGAGGGGGGUGGGUUACCGACGAGCUGGCUGUGCACAUUUGAUUUUCUGUGACUGACUUUUAGAACCCAGCAAGUGUUUACGAAAUUCCCAACCCCCCACCACCUCCAAUGUAGGUGCUCCAGUGACUGCCACCCUCCUCUUAUUCUUGUCUCUCUCUAUCUCUCUCUCUUUUUUUUUUUUUAAAAGCCCAUCAUCACCUGCCUGUACACUUAAGGUCCUGCAGACAUCAGCCGCCUGUUAAUAGUUCAUAGAUAACUGCUCUGUUUUGUUUUGUUUUUUUCCCCUUUUUUUUGCUCUGCUAAUGAAAUAAUAAAAAAAUAUAUCCAGA